CACACACACCAACCACACAACAAUGUAUUGUCAAUAAUAAUAAACAAACUGACAAUGACACAAUGUCAACAACAGUGUCAUGUCAGUUUAUCAACAAUUAUUAGAUGAUGUAAAAUAUAAUACAUAAUUAAUAACAAAUAAAAUGGAACAAAAAGCUGUAGUUAUAUCAGGUGAAGCUCCAGAAUCUGAUGAUGAAACUGUUGAUAUAAAAAGUGGAAUUUCAAUAAAGUAUCACACUAACUUGCCAGGAACAAUUAUACCUGGUGAAGCAACUGAAUCAGAUGAUGAAGGUGCAAGUUGGAGCAGUGCCAGUACAGCUAUUGAUGCAACAGCAUGUGCACCAUACGUUGAUUUAAAAUCAGCAAAUGCUAAAAAACAUUUCAUCAAGUACAACAGUAUUCUCCACAAAAAACUACAUGAAAGCAAUGAAUCAUUGAGAAACAACGUACUACGUCUUACUGAUGAUACCAUUGAAAAUGGUAUCCAAGAGCUGAGAGAAAUCAAUAAACAACUAGUCAAAAGUGAAUUAACUGUUCAAGAAGCUGCAUGUCAAUUAAGAAAUGCAUCAGAACGUUGGAAAAGUACAUCAAAUACUCUAUUUCAAAUAAUUGAUGCUAAUUUUUUUAACACCAUCAAAAUUAAUCCUUAAUUAUAAAUAAAUUAACAAACAAAUUAAAAACUUGUGUUAAUUAAAUUUUAAUUAAUAAAAUUAACGUGCAAAUAAUUUUACAAACAAACAAAUAUAUUAUUUUUUUUUUUUCCAAUAAUUUAUUAAAUAUAUUACAGACAAAUUUAACGAAUUAGCCAAAUGACACAAUAGUUGACAAAAUUUAUCAAACAAUUAAUUAAAAUUAAAUGAAUAAUUUUAAAAAACUUUAUAAUUAUCUUGUUAAGAUAUUAUUUAUAUUUUUGACGGAAUAAAAUUGAAUUUUAAACUCAAACUUUCAUAAUUUAUUAAUAUUUAAAUACUAUUAUCAAAAUCAAUGAUAUUGAUUUUCAUCACGAAUAUAUUACUGUACACACAUAAUAUAUUUCAACGAUUAUCUCGACAAUAUAAUUAAUUUUUUUAUAAUUUAAUUUCAUGUAUGUUAGCCAAUUUUGAAUAUUAAAAAAAAUGUUAAACAUUUCAUAAAUUUUUUGAGCAUUUUGUUGUUGUUGUUGUUGUUUUUUUUUUUUUAUGGCUUUAUCAGUGAUGGCAGUUUUUUAUUCGAUAUUACUUUUUAUUGACUAACAGCAAUAAUCGUAGUAAAAAUUUAGCUGCUGUUUUAUUUAAUAACUGUUGUGUUUUAAUUAAAAAAAAAAUAAAAUAA